ACUCCAUGUUUGUGAAAACAAGCACCUUUAGAAUAAGAUGGCUGAUCUUAACCCAAACAAGAAAACUCCUACUCCUACAAUGAUCCCAAUUCCAUCACCAUCACCAUCUCAAUUCCACUCACCAUCUCCAGCCAUUAAUUCCACUCCAAUGACCCCGAAAAGCCCGUUCAUCACACGCGUCAUGACACCAUUGGCUAGCCCCAUGAAGAAGGCCAUGGCAAGCAUGCAAGGCUACUUGGAGUUCACCAAGCUCAACCCACAUGAUGAAUGGCUUCCCAUCACCGAAUCAAGAAACGGAAACGCCUUUUAUGCAGCAUUCCAUACCCUCAGCUCCGGAAUCGGAAUCCAAGCUCUUGUUCUUCCCCUUGCCUUCACUGCACUUGGCUGGGUUUGGGGGAUAAUAAGUUUAUCUACAUUUUUUGUGUGGCAAAUGUACACACUUUGGCUUCUAAUUCAACUCCAUGAAUCAUCUUCUGGAGUUCGAUACAGCAGAUACCUUUGGCUUUCAAUGGUUACUUUCGGUGAGAAAUUAGGGAAGUUAAUGACAUUAAUACCAACAAUUUACCUCUCAAGUGGAACAUGCAUAACCCUAAUCAUGAUUGGAGGAGCUACCUCUAAACUUCUUUUCAACACCAUUGUUGGGAACACAUGGGAAGACAAAAACGAUACCCCGUUAACGAUGAUCGAGUGGUACCUCGUGUUCACAUGUUUGGCAGUUGUGUUAUCACAACUGCCAAACCUGAACUCCAUUGCUGGAGUUUCAUUGAUUGGUGCAGUUGCAUCCGUUUCGUAUUGCACCAUCAUAUGGAUGGUGUCGGUUAUCGAAGGAAGGCCUGAUGGUGGAUCGAAUGCGCAACAGGAGAAGGUGUCCGGAAUUUCUAGGGUUUGUGAUAUUCUAAAUGCUCUUGGCAUCGUUGCCUUUGCUUUUAGAGGCCAUAAUUUGGUGCUUGAAAUACAGGGUACAAUGCCUUCAAGCCUAAAGCAGCCGUCACGAGUACCAAUGUGGAAAGGUGUGAAGUACUCGUAUUCCAUUAUCGCAAUGUGCCUGUUUCCUCUCGCCAUUGGCGGCUACUGGGCCUAUGGGAACCUGAUGCCUACAACCGGAGGAAUGUUAACCGCACUGUACAAAUACCACGGACAAUCAACAUCAAAAGCAAUCCUAGAGUUAACAAGCAUCCUCGUUAUCAUCAACUGUCUCACGUCUUUCCAAAUCUACGCAAUGCCUGUUUUCGACAACCUCGAGUUAAGAUAUGUGACUAAAAUGAACGGGCCAUGUCCAUGGUGGGUCAGGGCCGGGUCUCGGGUUUUCUUUGGUGUGCUAGCAUUCUUUGUAGCGGUUGCACUCCCGUUCUUACCGAGCCUAGCGGGUCUUAUUGGAGGCAUUGCAUUGCCCAUCACUUUAGCAUACCCUUGUUUUAUGUGGAUAGUGAUGAAGAAGCCAGACCAGUAUAGCAAAAUGUGGUGGCUCAAUUGGAUCCUUGGGUGCUUAGGGAUGGCCUUAAGCGCUCUACUUGUUUUCGGGGCCAUUUGGACAAUCGUCACUCGAGGCAUCGAGGUUCAUUUCUUUAAGCCCGAGUGAAAAAACUCAAGGUGUAUGUAAAAUAUAACUACCUAAUGCAUUAACAACCGUACAACAUAUGAACUUAAUGAUUCCUAAUUAAUGCAAGAGUUUAAACAUCUAUAUAAUUUCAACCCAUAUACUUAUGAAUGGGUUAUUUGGGUCGUGUUCUAUCA